AUGCAGUUCAGCUGUUUUGGUGUCUUUCUGUUGUUUACAAAACACAUGGAUUCGGUGCACGAGAGACUUGCGACACUGAGAGCAAUCAAACAAUUGGAGGAAAACACAAACGAUGAAAAGCGUCUGCAGAAAUUUCGAAUAUUGGCUAUGCUGAAGCAGAUGAAAACAGUUCCCAUAAGUACUACUAUAUCGCCAACUAUAUCUUCCUCUCUUGCAUUGGUCAAAUCACAACAACUCGAAAAAAGUGCAUCCAUACCGUUUCACGAUCAACUCGAAACGCAGCUGGAGUUUCAAAAGGGGCUAGCGGCACAAUUGGACCAAUUACUCGAUAAAUUGAACCGACAGUUGUCCAACCACGUAGAAGAUGAAAUCAUAGAUAAUGAUACUCUCAUUUCCAAAAUGGACGCUCUCAAGUCCAAAAGCAAGAGACUCUCCUCAUACAUUCGGUUGGUUGUCGAUGAGUACUUAUUUGAUAAGGAGUUCGUGCACUUAUUUUCAAAACUGGAUGACGAGGCGGUCAAAUCUAGGCGCCAAAAGUUUUUAAGACUUUUAGAAGCUUUACUCAAUAAUAAUAUCGUUAACCCCAACUCAGGCGAAGCUAAGUACAUUACUCUACAAUCAAUAGAUGAUCCACUAGUGAGGUUUCUUAUUCUCAAUAGAUUAGUGGUUGUUCACCCUAAGUUCCAGAAUAAGAUAACGCUGAGAGACUUGAGUCAUGAUAUUUAA